GGAACUUGCGAGCAAUACAAGUAUAGUUUUUAUUUUGAAGUUGUAUAUAAAUGGUAAGUCACACACAUUUUUGACAGUUAAAUAAAACCCAUAAACAAAUAUAUAUUAUAGAAGAAAAUUUGAAUAAUACCCAAGUAUCGUUUAGGCUUUUAGUGCCGUGGGGGAGUCGAGUGUAUGGCAGUAUCAGUAUGAGUAAUGAGUUUAAUAGUAAUUUUCGUUAAUUAAUGCUUUUAAUAGAUCUCCUGGCACACUCAUUACCCAUAGUGGUUUUUUAAUGUAUAGUAUAUAAUUAUCCUAGUUUACUCUAAUAGUAAAGGGGGCCAUUCCCAGUAACCAGAAUGUGACUUCACUGCUGUCCAUUGACCCACAUUAAUGCGCGCAUCUGUGGUACGAAUGUGCGCAAAUGGCACUAGCCACUACUAUUAAUCACCUCCCGUGCGCAAUUACAAAGACUACAAAGGUUUCCAUACUGGGGCCAUUCCAUUUAAUGCUGUCAGCAUCCUUUGAUCUCUGUGAUUUUCUUAGGGGUAAGCCGUAAGGGGAAAAUUUUCACAUUUCUGAGGGGGAUUUGUGUUCAUUGGCACUUUGAUCUUUUUUCUUAGGGAUUAAAAUUUUACUGACCUUGUCCAUAGGGGGCAGGGGGGGGGAUAUUAAAUGGAAUGGUCCAGGAUAACUUUAACAUGAUGUAAGGUCAAUAGGUCAUUGACCAUUUGAUAGCCUGCGAACAGCUGAAUUGAGAGCCUGCAUCGAUGACUAAUGAAUUUGAAUAUCUGCGCCUCAAAUCGUGACGCGAAAUUCUCAUUGGUCAGAUGCUAUAAUUUAUAUGUUUCUGCUGAGCUCUAUAUAUGUCAACUGCUGAAGCACUAUGCAUAAAAAACAUAACUGAUCAAAUUGGUCUUGGCCAUUGAUGCAGGCUCUCAAUUCAGCUUGAGAGCCUGUUCGCAGGCUAACCAUUUGACCGUAAUAACCUUUUAAAAGUCUUAUCAUAAUAAUACCAGUAUUUUCACACCGACAACAAGAAACAUUAUCAGUGGGUAAAGAGACACUGUGUUUUGACAAGGGAUCAUAAAUCGUAUUACUGUAUUUGUGUAGGAGGGAUUUUAAAAAGACCCCCUUUCUGAACUCAUGUGAAUAUACGUAUAUAUGGCAAAAGAACUAAGACAUAAACUGAGUUAAUAACCUAUCACCAGUGCCGUAGCAAGCUCGAUAAUUCGGGGGGGGGGCUGAUAUUCAUAUAUUCGUGUUCACAGACCAUAAAAACAAUCGAUUUCAAAAGAAAUUAAUUAAUAACGCAGAACACGAAUAUAUGAAUAUCAGCCCCCCCCCCCCAAUUAUCGAGCUUGCUACGGCACUGAUCACAACUUUUUCAGUGAUUUCAUGCCAAGGUUCACUAAGCUCCACCCAGGUGCUUGUGGAUGAAGUAGCAGUCUGGUCGCAUAGUGACAAAUUUCAACUCCAUCCUGACACAGAUGUCAUUAAAACAGUAUGGAUUCUAGCAAACUUUUUAAUUGGUAUUACAAUUCAAAACGACUUAAAAUGAUCAAGAGAGCUUCAAAAUGACUUUAUUUUAUCUCGCAACUUAAGCAUGCCAAAAUACCCCUGUUUACAUUGCUUGUGUUUGCUCAAUUAUUCUCUACACGUGUCAACUUUUCCAUGUUUCAAGCUUGAAUGCAAAUAGCAGUAGAAGAUACAAUAAAUGGGACAAAAUGCAAAAUUUGAUCCCAAAAGGAAGGUCCCAGUUUUUAGCAAUGAACAUGUUCUUGCUGGCAGGGACGCCGGAAAGGGGGGGGGGCAUCGUCCCCUUGUCCUUUAGUAAGGGGGCAGGGGGGAUGAAAGUGCCCUUAGAGUAAAAAUUCUAACCCAAAAAGUAAAAAAAGUAUGAAUUACGCAUGAAAUGGAUGUAAUAUUGAAAUAUAUGUGAAAUCUUCUGGAAUAUUAGUCAAAAAUUAGGUUAACUAAACUUUAAGAUUUUUAUAGAGAAAAACUGCUAGUACUUGGAGGAAUAACUGCUGGUAUCACCAGGGGUGAAACUACAGGGGGAUAAUUUCUGGUAUCCCCAGGGGCAAAACUACCGGAAGGGUGUGACACCCACCCCCAGUCUCUAUUUCGUCGGGUAUAUCACUACAAUUUUGUUGGGGAACUUUUGAGAAUAUUCGAGUGUCUCGGAUUGAAAAGUAAUAGUUGUUGAAAACAUGAUAAAUUUACGAAAAUAUUGCUGAAAAUUUUUACCAAUUCGCCAACAAUUUUGGGAAAAGAAAUGUUAAUUAGCGACACCGGGAACGACUUCGGCCACGCCCUUUUGGUCGGGAAACACAAGCUCACCCCCAGCCGUAAUAACAUGAUGACCAGCUAAAGUGUUAGUAUAAUUAGUAUAGACCAAACUACAAACAAAUUGCCGGUCAUGUUGUCCAGUCAAAUCGAGUUGUUUUUGUCAAAAAAUGCACUGGUGUAUGUAUUACUUAAGCAUAAUGCUACAUUUGGAGGGCUUUUGCACGUACGAGAACGGAUGUGACGUGUAAUUUCCCGGAAUUAGUUGCAUAGACUUUACGAGGAAUCGAGCUAGCGUCCAUGACUGAUGACGUGUUGUUACUAUUGUUAGUAUUGUAGCCACUAGCCGUGUUGUCAACAGAAAGGAACCACAGAAAGUGUACUAUUGCAUUACGGCAGCUCAGUAGAAGAGAAUCUAAGGAAUUAAAACAACAAACUUGGGAAAAGCCAGUUCACGUCACUCGACAGCUAUCAACCGCCAAAUAUUAACAUCAUAACAUGGCAAGUUCGUCAAGUUCGAAACCAAGGGUUUGGCCCGCGUCGGUAAGCAAAGGUGGUCGGGCUUUGAGGUGCGUUGAAAUUAUUGUUGCUGCAUGAAGAAUAUUUUCAUUUGUUGGAAAGUUAUUAUAAAUCGGAUUAUUGCUAUAUAGUGAAAGAAAACAGAAAAUAUAUCUUACACCGGACGAAAAGCGUGCAAAUAGCAUUAUAGUAAAAACAGCAGGGUGCGUAGUAGCGAAGCAAGCAUACCCAAACACGAGGAUUAGGUGAUAUUUAAAUAGCGAAGUAGUUGUAUUGUUUAACUUAAUACUACAGUUCGCUAUUGGAGUGAAUUACAAUUAUCAAGAAGCGAGUAGUUUAAUUUUUGACUGCUUUUUUGAAAGAGUAGUUAUAGACAUAUAGUUGUAUUGAGCUACAUUUUUUCAGCAGCCAAAUAGUUGGUUACCUUUCAAGUUUCAAGUAUCAAAUUUCUCAUCAAUCAACUAGACAAGUAAAUAGCUAAAUCUCGUGUAGCGGGGCAGAAAUAGGCAGAAAUUGAGCCAUCAGACUAGUUACAGUAUAGUCCACUGCCAAGAACCUUAAAUAGCUAUAGGGAAAGGGAAAACAGUUGCAUUUUUUAGUUUCAUUAUCAGACCGGGAUCAUUUUCACUUUGCCUUUGGUUUGGUUUUGAGGUUGUUUUCACAGCUUCCACGACAAGGCCUAGAACAUUUUAAAGAUAGCUAACACAGGACGAAAAGCAUAUCUGUAGUAUGUUUGACAAAUACUUCGUCUUCGUUUUGACAAAUGAUCCACCUGCUUGCAAGCCGCGUUUAUGUCAGUGCCAGUGGUUGAUGUAUAGUUUAAUAUUAAUGGAAUACCGAAUGUUUUCCAUACAGGAUUGCGUAAUCCAUACACGAGGGAUGUCGCGAGACUUUCGGAAAGCGUAAAAAUACUCGAGCCGCAGGCGAGUGUAUUUUUACGCUUUCCGAACGUCGAGCAACAUCCCAAGUGCAUCGAUCACGCUAUCCUGCUUGGAAAACCAUUUGGUAAUUGUUUUAUAAAAUAACUACAGUGAAACAAUGACAUUUUGAGAAUACCGCAAAAAUCCCGCGAAGGCAUUUUAAUUCCUCGUGCAGGAUUGAUCCUGCACGGCUAUUGACCGGCUAUUGGCUAUUUAUUAUAUAUAUAUAUAUUUAUAUAUAUUUUUAUAUAUAUAUAUAUAUAUAUAUAUAUAUAUAUAUAUAUAUAUAUAUAUAUAUAUAUAUAUAUAUAUAUAUAUAUAUAUAUAUAUAUAUAUAUAUAUAUAUAUAUAUAUAUAUAUAUAUAUAUAUAUAUAUAUAUGACAUGAUUCAAUGUAUAUUAUUGGAUUAUUGCAAAUAUGGAUAGAUUUGCUAUUUUUGCCGAUUGAAUGAUUUGCUAUAUUUUUGAAACGAUACAGGGUAGCUAAAUAGUCAGUAGCGAACUUCAUUUUUUGCGGUCACGUAGCUGUACGUAUAUAUUUGUAGCUGACUACAUUUUUUGAGGUACUGCUGUGGAGAUACUACUCUACAACUACUACUGUAGCUGUAGAGAACUACAAAAAUUUUGUAGUCAACCUACUCUUGGAAAACAGUGAAAACACUAAAGAUAUUAAACUUUACGAACGUGUGUCCACACCUUAAUUAAUAGCUAAGACAAAAAGGUGGUUAUAAAAAUAAAAGUUACAUUUAAUCGCACGUUCUACAUUUAAUCGCGGUUAGGGUAAUUACUAUUUUGCACAUCUGUACAUUUCAUUUCACUUAAUUUGAACUUAGUGUGGGAUUUUAACAAAGCUUACAGAAUAAAACCGACGAGCCAUGCUUUAAGCUCAGGUUUCAAGAGUAAUUGAAACCCAUAAAAUACACGCGCUUUUCGUCUGUAUAUAUUACUAGGUCUUGUUGGGGAAGCUUGAGAGAAAGCUCGAAACCAAAACAAAGUGAAAAUGAUAGUGAAACUAAAAGUGAAACUUAUAGUGAAACUAAAAAAUGCAAACUGUUUUCCAUUUUGAUAGCGGAAGUUGUGGAUAGCAUAGCCGUGCAUCCAUAUAUAGCUUACUCUUUCUUGUUCAGACAUAACCUUAUCGUUUUCUCGACAAUCUACGUGAGUGAAGAGCUAUCCGAAUCUAGUUCAGUCUUCUGCUUGUAUACUUUCAGUUUUUAUACUUUUAGUUUUUAUAAUACGAGUAUGAUUAACGCAAACUGAGACGCUAGAUGACAUAUGAGACUUUAUUAAAGUUUCUGACUAUGAUAGUUUUGGAAAAGCGUUCGGAACACGGCUAUAUACAGUAUCCAAGGUCGUGGAUUGUUUGAUCCGCGCUUAAUUCACAACUGAACUUAAUUCACAACUGAACUAAAUUCACAACUGAACAUGCUUCUACAGUACUACCAAACUGGUAUCCAGUCGAUAUAUUUGACUUACAUUUAUUUGGACAGUUCUACCACUUACCAGACUGGUAUUAUACAGUGCUGACGCUGUUAGCGACUCGUGCUGGUGCCGGUCGGAGGCAGGGCCGUAGCUCGAUAAUUGGAGAGGGUCAGAGGGGGAGUACAUAUUCAUAUAUUCGUGUUCUGCCCGACGGAUUUCUUUUGAAAGCGAUUGUUUUUACAGUAUGUGAACAUGAAUAUAUGAAUAUACACAGCAUUAUCGUGUCUAGCUACGGCCCAGGUCGGCGGCUGAGCUUCGUGUGGUAAUUUGACUGCAAACAAUAUCAAAGGCCGACUCACGGAUAAGUUCAAAUGAAAGUGACAGAAAGAAUUAGAGCAGUUUCCCUUUGUUUUUGUAAACUGGGCACCGUGCAAAUUUUGCCAUUUCACCCAUCUGUCGUGCUUCAUUUGCCAAAUCAAAAGAACGACGCGUGAUCCAGCCUGAUUUCCGGUUCUGAAAGGCCCGAUUCGUAGGCAAACAGUGCGCGCAAAGCAGGCUGGUCAUUUCCCAUUGUCUAAAUGCCCCGCACUCAAGUAACCACAAAGACUGUUGCUUCGCAACAUCCGUGAGUCAAAAAGCACAUAGUGACAUAGAGUCGUGUCAGGCGACGUUCUCCAGACUCCAACUACAAAGCGUCAAAUGUGUUCGUCUCCGAGUAUUUCGAUUCAUUUCUUUAUGUUAUUAAAAAUAGAGGAAAAUUGUCUUAGAAACUACGCCAUUGAUAUAAAUUGCAUCCUAAAAAUAUAUGAAAAUGAGAUUUGAAAGCGAUUAGUGUAAACCAAGAUCAAAAUGUUGAUGCAAAGAUUACGGGAAACUCACGUGAAUGAGAUCCGCAUGUCCUCUGUUAAAGCAUAUAAAGUUCAAUUUGUGUUCAUAUGAGAAACGAGCCAGCCCGGCUAGGCGAGAUCACACCAGCGCGCUUAUAUACCUUUUCAGUGCCUUUUCUAACUAUAUAUCUGGGGGGGCAAUUGCCCCCCCCCCAGGGAAAGGAUUUGCCCCCCCCCCCGCCCAGUAAAGCCAUUUCUGAUUUCUGCCCCCGAAGUGCGAAGCAGAAUUGCUCAUGAUUGCUGUCAGAAUUGCAGUUGAUUUAUUUGAUAAUGAGAUUAUGCCCUUCCAUAGCCUCCUCCACAGCCAUCUUGUGUGUAAUUCAUAUUGUUCUUCACCGAGUAUUUCAUAAUAGCGAUAGAUUUCAUGCAAACAAUCCGAUAAAAUGCUGGUUCCAAGAAGAAUAGAUUUAGUUCAGAUUUUUAACUGUUAAAUACAUGUAUGCAUCAUCAUAGCAUGAAUAUUUCUUCUCAGAUUUAUUCUGUAUUGAAAAAGCAACGCAAUUUUGAGAAUGCGGAAAUGGUGUCUCAUAGGAACCUAAAAUGAUUUAAAUGCAACAUUUCUGAUCAAAAUCACAUUGGGAUUCCCCCCCCCCCCAGCAUCACAGAGAGGAAAUAAGGUGACACUGACCCCUCCUCCUAUUUUUCAAGGUGACUUUUCCAAUUUAUUUAAUUCCGAGUAGAAAUGUCUGGAAAAAUUCAUGUCUUCGAUGUACUUUAUAAUCUUCGGAACUCUUCGGAAUUUCACUCCCAAAAUGCUUGAAAUCGCAAUUCAGGGACCCUAGAUUUCAAAAUUUUCCCAGGGGUGCAUGCCCCUCCGGACCCUCCUAGACGGUCUCACGCCUUCGGCGUGAGGUUCGCCCCCCCCAAAAAAAAUUAAGGUCUGGCUACGCCACUGGUUAUAGCUGUACGAUUAUAGCUACAAAGAGUUGAAGUUAUUGUUUAUUAUAGGUGAAGUUAAUAAAUUAAAGUUUUACAAAAUCUCUCUUCAGACUCGCGCGUUCGCCAAACCUCGACGGCUCAUAUUUUUCGUUCUGCCUUUUUUCCUGUUUUGCCCCCCCCCAGUGAAAAUUCCUUAAAAAAGGCACUGUACCUUUUUUGGGUGGCGUCUAAUUCUCGUUAACCAAUGCAGACUCAAUUAAAACAAUGUGAAAAGCAAUUUUUUCAAAAUAAACUAACCAUUUACAAAGCAAAUUUACCAUCGUUCGUCCAAAAAAUUACAAAAAGUCACUGUUAUGUGGACUUCUGACAAACUUUGGCUGAAAAGCCACACAAAAAUGGCGGCGUGAGAAAGGCUAAUUUAAUGGCAUUCUUAACAAGUUCUCCCACCAGAAAGAAACAACUCAACAUUGAGGCUACCAAAAGUGAAAACAGAAACUGGUCGCAAGAUGUUUUCGUUCCAAGGAGCUCUUGAAGAGCCUUUCGUACCUUGCUUGGUUUUUGAAAUAUUUUGACCAAAAACAGUGUGCAGUUCGCCAUCUUGGUAUUAUAAUUGACCUAAUUAACUGAGUUUUUGAUGACAUCAAAAGCAGGGUAAACUUGUUAAAACCUCUUCAUUUAGGACUAAAUGUCUUCAAAAAGUUUCUUAAAAUGUUGUGAGUUUGAUAUUGAUAAUGACAUGUGGUUUGCAAGAUACAAAUUUCGCCUUUCACCCUAUACUUGUGACGUAUGCAUAUCGAAUUCAUAUCCAAGAUGGCGGAAUGCACGCUGCUUUUGAUCAAAAUAAGUCGAUUUAUUUCGAAAACCAAGCAACAUACGGAAUAAUUGUAAAGGAAGUUUAUAUAUCAUUUUAAAUGUUCUUUCAAAUAAGACAUAACAAUUAAAUUUAUAUUGCCAUAUCCUUUAAGCAAAAGUGUAGAAACUUUUUAUACAGUGCAUAUUGAGUUCUCUGAAUAUCUUUAUAUUUGAUAUACUGUAACCUGCAAGAGAAAUAUAUUUUCUAGGCCUGCAUAUAAUAUAAAAUUAGUUAUGAUGAAGAAACAUACGUUCCACACUAAAGUUUCAAAAAUUUAUAAAUUUAUAAGUUGACAUGAUAGUGUUUCUUCAUAUAGAGCAAAUGGUAACACAGAUGGGAAGAAGUGUUUCUCUUGGAUCACCCGAAAUGGCGAGGAACUUCAAGUUUCUACACCAAAGCCGCUCCAACGUCCAGAUGUCGCUUCAUACAAGUUUCUCAACUUCAUGACGGUGCUCGGACCGGCUAGACAAGGCAAGUCAUUUCUCAUGAAUUGUCUAAUCGGUGACAGUGUGUUUGGUACGGCUGACACGAUAGGUGUGUGCACGAAGGGGAUCCAAGUAGCAAGCGUUGUGCAUGAAGUCGAAAACGGAGGCGGUGCUUUCUUUGUGGACACAGAAGGACAAGGAGACGAAGAUGUUGACAGCGACACGACCCUCCUGACACCGAUUCUUCUGUUGUCUAAAGUGAUCCUGUUCAAUUGGAAAGGUGGGCUGCAGAAAAACCAAAUCCUAAACGAGCUCGCUAUUCUUGUCGAGGUGGGAAACUGUGUGUCGUCCAAUAGUUUCGAAAACGACACGUCGAAAUUUGGACAUCUGCAUAUUGUGUUACGGGAUUUUCACUUCCAAGGUAUGUUGUGGUCUUACCGUUUCAGUAAAAACGUUAACUCGAUAACAAUAGAAUAGAAAAACUUUAUUUAUCCACGCUAACCCUGUCAACCAAGGCUGAUUUCCACAGGGGGCGUGUAAAAAGGAAUUACAAAAAUAUAGUAUUUAAAGGUAUUUACAAUCUAUAAUAUCAACUAAGUAAUAUAAACUAUAACGAUUCUUUUGUGCUUCUAAACUAAAAAAUAUUGCUAGUAAUUCAAAGUUAAUGCAGACUUGCACUUUUUUUUAAGUUAACUUUGUCUAACAUUGAAAGGAUUUAACUCGGCGGAAUAGUUACGCGUUUUAUCAACUCAGGGAUGGAAAAUGUAUCGCACCACGGGACCAUUGGUCCCAGAAAUUAUUUCCCAAGAAAGAAAAAAAUUAUUAUUGUCGGGAUUUAGAUAAAAGGAGAAAUCCAGGGGAAAAUUCUAACCAAUAAAAAGAAUCUUACCUGUACUAUAGGUAUGACCUCAGAAAUGCAAUUGUCCACAAGGGAAGUGAGCUUUGCAUUAUCGCUAAUAGACAACCAUUACAGGUAAAAUGCGUCAAGCGUUCCUCUUCUGAGUUUCUAUAUUGACUGAAAUUUUCCUCAUUCCUUUGCAAUUAAAAAACUCCCUUGCAAAUCCCUUGAGGGAAUUGGCAAUGUUGCUAAAAGCCGAUUAAAUUUUCCUCAGUUCCUGUUAGAAGUUCUUAACUUCCUGUUACAAGUUCCUAACUUCCUGUUCUGUUGUGCGCGUUGCAAUUGGCUAACAAGAAUAAUCCACCAAUGACAAAAAAAACUUAAAACAGGAAGUUAGGAAAAUUUAAAAUGAAGUUUUCUUGCAUUGGAAUAUUGUAACAGCCAAUAGGAAAAUUGCAAAUUCCCUCAAGGGAUUUGCAGAGUUUUUCAAAUUUGCAAAGCUAAUGAGGAAAAUUCAAAAUGAAUUAGGAAGUCAAAAGAGGUAAGCUUCACGUAGUUUACUUGCAACAACUCCGCAGAGUGCUCAACAACAACGAAGUGAAAGAGCGUAAUCGUACAAUCUGCAGACAUGCUAAUUCAAAAAAUCUUGUCCUUCGAACCUAAUUUAGACCUUAAACUUUUAACCUUAAACUCUAAGCGCGAAAAGGGCAAUGGGACCACUCAAUGUUUGCCGUAUUUAAUCAGAAAGACUUAAUUGUCAUAAUCCUUGGGCAUACAGCCACUAUUUAUGAUGGAAAGCGUUCCCAUGUUAAUUGCACUUUUCGUGCUUAGAGUUUAAGGUCUUAGGUUUAGAGUUUGGAGGGACAACAUUUUUGUAAACAAACACAAAAGAAAGCAUGAGCGUGAAUGAGUUUUUAGAUACAAAAUCAUGCUAAUGUACAUAAACUUUAAGUUCGAUGUCUUCGUUUUAUUUAGGCACAUCUAAGGAAGCAUUCGCUAUGAUAUUCGAUGAAGAAAAUAAACGCGGUGAAAAAGUGAAGGAACGAAACAAGGUGCGUGAGAAACUGCUCUCUUCGUUCGAAAGCAUUAAUGUUUCCAUCUUUCCAGCGCCGUGCGAAGACGUACACGACCUGGAUCCUAAUACUACUUCUGAAGAGUUCAAGGAAAGUGUCAAGGAGCUUAAAGAUGCAAUACUGGAUCAAAUGAGCCAGCCACGGAGCUUUGGAACCGUCGUUGUUAAUUCCCAGAACGUCGAUGUUCUCGUCAAAAAAUUUGUCGAAGAACUGGAAGAGGGCGACAUCGUCCAUGUCAAAUCCGUCGUUAGCCAGCUUCAACGUGGAGUAGUCGAUGAGGCGAAACGGUGCUUCGAGGAAAACCUUAUCGAAGCCUACAAGGAAAUCGAUGUUCCUGUGAGAGAUGGACUCGAAGAGCUGCUAACUCAGGAAAGGGACGCACUUCUCGACGCGUUCGAACAGAACACAGCGAAAGUCGACCUCGAGGCUGUCUAUAAAGACGAAGUGCUUGAAGAUUUGGAACAUUUCGCUGACCGCGAGCUUGAUGCUAAGAGAAAAGAAAACCUGCUUGCCAUUCAAUCCAGAGAAGCGGAACAAAACGGGAUUCUAGCGACAGCCGUGGAGGAGUUUAGAUCAGCGGUGGAGAGCGAGUUAAGAAGAGGCGAAGAGGGGAGCAGGCAGAUGCAACAGCGUUUCCCGGAACUUAAGAAUAGAAUGGUCAGUAAUUUCGUAGAAAAAACCCGCGAGCUAGAUUGGAUACCAGAGAUGGUAGAGAAGGAGUUGGAAAGAUUGAAACGAUGGGUUUCCAUCAGAUUAGAUGAAAAAGUCAAAGCAAAGCAAAAAGAAGAAGAGUACGCCGAAAGAUCGGAGCAGCAUGUUCGCUUGUCGAGAGCUGCUGAUGAUUUUAGAUUGGGAGUCGAGAGUGAGUUGCAGAAGAGCAAAGAAUGGAGCACUUCCGGUCUCCGCCAGACAUUUCAACAGGAAAAGGAGAGGCUUAUCGGGAUUUUCCGAAACAGCACCGACGGUCUGCGUCGGAUUUCGCAGCAAAGAGAAGCGGAGUUGGAAAAGUUAACGAGUUGGGCUGCAAAGAAGUUCGAAGAAAAAGUCCAAGCCGCAAACGAAGCUGAACGUCUUCGGGAGAGAGGUAUGUUGAUUGAUAAUUAAUUUUUAAUGGGAUAGUUUAUGUUAACGAAAUGGUGCUUGGGUGGCGCACUCCUGCGCCGAAGUUAUGCAUGGCAUUCUUGAAAUCCUCCUGUCCGCUUCCCGAACGCCUAUACAAUCAUGGUAAGAUAAAGGAGAAACCACGCAGCUAUUUUUGAAUAUGUGGUGAGCUAAGGAUUGGUUAAGAUGAUAGCCCAGUUAUAAACUUGAGUUUUUGGCCAAGAGAAGAUCUCGUGUGAGAAAAGCAAACGCAAGUUUGUUACGUGUAUGUUUAAACUGACAUGUUUACUGAACUGGUGCACCAUAUCCAUAAAGCAGGCUUCAUUGCAUGUUUCGUUAGGAGGCUGAAGAGAAUUCGAUACAACUAAACCCAAUCUUCUCCAAUAUACCUGCAGCUGCCAACUAGAGUUUGACAAAUAAUAGCUGCAGGUUCGCUCUUCUCAGUCUUCUUCAUAUCUUCUUCGAUUUUAGAACAGAAACUAUCCCGUGAACGAGCCAUGCUGCUAAAAGCACAGGAGCAGUCCUUCCUUUCUCUUACUCGUCCCCAGCCAUCUGUUUACGACCAAUAUUCCAGCCCUUCAUUCUCCGGACCACCAGGCUAUUCCACCUACAGCACACCACCAUCAUCCCCAUACAGCCCUGCAACACCGCCAUCUAAAGCUGGGUUGAAGUUGUACAAAGGAGGCCAGUUCACACCCGGGGGAGGUCGUGCCCCGACAGGAGGCUGCUACAUGUCCCCCAGUCCAGGUUUCAGUUCCAGAUCGUCGAGAUCAAGUUCGGGAGGCACUUUCUACAAAGGAGGUCAGUUUACCCCGGGCGGAGGACGGGCUCCUAAAGGAGGCUGUUGGAAAUAAAUGACGGUGUUGGAAAUCAAUGACGGGUCCCUUACUCGCGAUGCAUGGUUUAUUAUCUUGUCAUAAACUCGCUUUGUUUUGCAUAGUUUUUUUAAACAUUUUAUUGAUUAGAGUUCGUACAAAUCAUAGGGGGCUUGAAAGUCUUUGAGUCCUUAGAUUUUGUGAAAUUUGGCAUGUUGUAAAACAUGACUGGGUUGGAUUCGGAAAACAUAGACCCAGUUCGUAAUUUGUGGGCUGAGUCUAUGAUUUUUGAAACAUGGAAUGAGUUCACGUUUUACAAUUAUGUACUCAGUGCAUGUUUUACAAAUCAUGACUCAUUCAGCACUGUAAGUAACUUCGUUACAAGAAACGGAAUUACGAUAAUCGUUGCAAUUUUGUUAACUGUAAUGGUAUAACUGGUUAGUUACAUAUUUGCUUAAAAUGGAACGACAACGCGUUGCUUUUAUGACCAGCGUUUUCCUUACUUUUUUGUUACAUUUUCAUGUUAUAGUACUUAAAUUAAAACUCUAUGAUGUUAAGGUUAAUGUGAUUCAGUGUACGAAAAAUCCACUGCCUAUUUG